CGUGCAGGUAGGCCUAGUGCAAAUUGGCAAACAGACAAGAAGCACGCGCGCAGUUUUGGGUUUAAACACAGUAGUUUUGGUCUUAUCUAAAGGGAAAUGGCUACAGACAGGUAUGAUGUUGUUGUCUUUGGUGCAUCUGGUUUCACUGGCCAGUUCGUUGUUGAAGAAGUCGCCCGAAUAGCAGACGAAGAGCGAGGUCUGACGUGGGCUAUUGCCGGCAGGACCAUGGGUAAAAUGCAGAAAGUUCUGGAACAGGCUUCUAAAAAGACAGGAAAAGAAUUAGACAGCAUACCAGUGCUGAUAGCUGACACUAGCAAUGAAACCUCAAUGGUGGAGAUGUGUAAACAGGCCAAGAUCAUACUCAACUGUGUCGGCCCAUAUCGUUUCCAUGGUGAGAUGAUGGUAAAAGCUGCUAUAGAGGGAGGGGCAAGUCAUUUGGAUAUCAGUGGAGAACCACAGUAUCUGGAGAACAUGCAACUCAAGUACCACAACAAAGCCAAAGAGAAUGGUGUUUAUGUCAUCGGAGCUUGUGGCUUUGACAGUAUUCCGGCAGAAAUGGGCGUGGUCUAUGUCAACAGACAGUUCAAUGGUGAAGUAAAUUCUGUGGAGAGUUACCUGGAUAUUAUGUCAGGACCUGAAGGACUGGUUUUAAACACUGGUACUCUUGAAUCAGCUGUCCAUGGAGUAGCACAUUUCAGUGAACUAAAGUCCUUGAGGAGAUCUCUGUACCCAGAGCGCCUCCCACCAUCCAAACACAAGCCUACCAAAAGAGGGGCAGUGUUCAAGAGUGAAGUACUUGGAAAAUAUUGUAUGCCGUUUUUGGGCAGUGACAAAUCUGUGGUGUACAGAUCACAGCGCUACAAACAUGAUGUCCUCAAACAGAGGCCGAUACAGUUCUCGCCCUACAUGGUGCAGAAAGGCUUGCUGAGUGUGGUGGGAAGCAUCUUAUUUGGUCUCCUCUUUGUUGUCAUGACGAGUUUUCGUCUGGGACAGACUUUACUCAUGAAGUAUCCCUCAUUUUUCACGGCUGGAUUUUUCAAGAAAGGAGGCCCAACAAAAAGUCAGAUUGAAAACACUAGCUUUAAGAUGACAUUUGUUGCCAAAGGAUGGAGCAAAAAACUAGAGGAUCCGUUAUCUGACCCGGAGGAAAAACCCGAUACUAUUCUCACUGCCAAGGUUGCAGGACCAGAACUUGGCUACAUAACAACACCAAUUUGUAUGGUUCAGUGUGCUCUGGUGAUUCUCAAGGAGGCUGAUAAACUCCCUAAAGAUGGUGGUGUGUAUCCACCUGGAGCAGCAUUCCAGGAUACCAGUCUGAUAGAGAGACUCCACAAACACAAUGUCACCUUCUCAGAGGUCAAGGACUAAAACAAAGGCCACCUCAGAGGUCAAGGACUAAACCAAAGGUCACCAUACAGCAGUCAGCAUUACACUUGGCCUGUAAAUUUUUUCAGUGACAAACUGCUGUAAGGAUCAAUAACCAUGACAAUAUCACACAAAUUUUAAGACACUAUGAACAAAAGUUGAUAUACACAUAUGUGUAGGACACAAGUGGGUCCUAGUAAUUUUUGUGAAAUUCAUGAAGUAAUGAACAAAGUUAAUGUGACACAUGUUGUAUAUAUCUGUUCUUUUGAAUCACCUGCAUCUUUUGUUUACAAAGUGAGACAAUUUUCCUUGUUAAAUCUUUUCACAUUGUGUGUGGGCUUUUUUUUUCAUUCAUUAGUAUUAUACUGCUUUCAAUAUUUGAACUUACACUAAUGCUUGUUGUUAUUUCUUAUUGUGAUUUUUUUUUAUUUCUAAUAACUUUUUUAUUUAGAUAAUAUUUCUAACUUAUAUAUAAAUGAAAUUCUUCGGAUUUAAAUCUUAAAUCCUGGUAAUUAAUAUGUUGUAUUUGGAUUUGUUAUUAAAUACUGUUUAUUGGUGAUUCAUUAUAUAU